GCCUGGUUCCUCUCGGCUCCUUCCGGCGUUGCCGGAGUGAAUUGAUCCGGGAGUUGAAGAGGCUCCGGAGGUGGGAAGUGGAGUCAGUCCCGAAGCCGCUGCCGCCUCUAAGGGAAGGGCUGCCCUGCCGGCCUUGGCCUCGAGGCGUCCCGGCAGGCGAGGGUCAGUAUAUUUGAAUCAUCCAUUCUUGACACAAAAGAAAAGAAAAAGAACUUCAGUGAAUGAAGAAUCAUCUACUUUUUAGCACUGUUUUUCUACUGUAGUUGGUCUUUGAAUGAGGAUGACAAUGGAAGAGAUGAAGAAUGAAGCUGAGACCACUUCUAUGGUUUCUAUGCCACUAUAUGCAGUCAUGUACCCUGUGUUUAAUGAGCUAGAACGAGUAAAUCUGUCAGCAGCUCAGACAUUGAGAGCAGCUUUCAUCAAGGCUGAAAAAGAAAACCCAGGUCUCACCCAGGACAUCAUUAUGAAAAUUCUGGAGAAAAAAAGUGUAGAAGUUAACUUCACAGAGUCCCUUCUUCGUAUGGCAGCUGAUGAUGUAGAAGAAUAUAUGAUUGAGAGACCAGAGCCUGAAUUCCAGGAUUUGAAUGAAAAAGCACGAGCUCUUAAACAGAUUCUCAGUAAGAUCCCUGAUGAGAUCAAUGACCGAGUAAGGUUCCUCCAGACAAUCAAGGAUAUCGCCAGUGCAAUAAAAGAACUUCUUGACACAGUGAACAACGUCUUCAAGAAAUAUCAAUACCAGAACCGCCGGGCACUUGAACACCAAAAGAAAGAAUUUGUAAAAUACUCCAAGAGCUUCAGUGACACUCUGAAAACCUAUUUUAAAGAUGGAAAGGCAAUAAAUGUGUUCAUAAGUGCCAACCGACUAAUUCAUCAAACCAACUUGAUACUUCAGACCUUCAAGACUGUGGCCUGAAAAUUGUAUAUGUUAAGAGCUGUAUGUUUCCGUGGUGGUGUUAAGCUGCUGCCUUUACCUGUAAAUUUUAAAGUUUGACUGUAUAAAUUAUCAGUCCCUCCUGAAGGGGCCUAAUCCAGGAUGUUGAAUGGGAUUAUUGCCAUCUUACACCAUAUUUUUGUAAAACGUAGCUUAAUCAUAAUCUUACACUGAAGAUUUUGCAUCACUUUUGCUAUUAUCAUUCUUUUAAGAAUUAUAAGCCAAAAGAAUUUACGCCUUAAUGUGUCAUUAUGUAACAUUCCUUAAAAGAAUUGUAAAUAUUGGUGUUUGUUUCUGACAUUUUAACUUGAAAGCGAUAUGCUGCAAGAUAAUGUAUUUAACAAUAUUUGGUGGCAAAUAUUCAAUAAAUAGUUUACAUCUGUUAAA